UUUUUUUUUUUAUAGAACUCUAGUUUUAUAGUCUUUUACAGUUGUUGAUUUGAUGCUGCUCUAUAUAUUAUAUUCCCAUCAAAUAGUUUACGUGAGAAUAUAAUAUAAUUAUUUCUUGUUAGUGUAGUGAAUUUUCUAAAGUUUUUCCCCACUACAAUUAACAUACUUUCUCUAUAUUCAUCUCUUCUUCUCCUUCAAAGACUUAAAAUACAUACAAAAAAUUACAAAAAAUCUUAUGAAGCAUCUGUCCUAGUCAUGUAGUGAUCAUCAUCGAAUCAAGAAUUCAACAAGAGCCGAUUAAAGCCAUGGCUAGUCCUAGCAACAAAGGCAAAAACAUAGCAGAAGGAUCCACGUCUGAACAACCGCUGCCGCAGCAACCACAACCACCUCCUAAUUCACCAGCGUUAAGCCGGUACGAAUCACAGAAACGUCGAGACUGGAACACGUUUGGUCAGUACCUUCGUAACCAGCAGCCACCAGUACACAUCUCACAGUGCAGCUCUAACAACAUCCUAGACUUCCUCCAAUAUCUUGACCAGUUUGGAAAGACAAAGGUUCAUGCACAUGGAUGUAUUUUCUUCGGACAAGUUGAACCAGCAGGACAGUGUAACUGUCCUUUAAAACAAGCGUGGGGGAGUUUGGAUGCUUUGAUCGGACGGCUGAGAGCAGCAUACGAGGAGAACGGAGGGUUGUCGGAGAGAAACCCAUUUGCCGGCGGUGGGAUUAGGGUUUUUCUAAGGGAAGUGAGAGAUUCACAGGCCAAGGCAAGAGGAGUUCCGUACAAUAAAAGGAAGAAGAAGAGGAGGAAUCCUAUGCAGAGGCAUGAUGUUGAAGAUGGUACUACGGGGACUAGUAGCUCCAACUUGCCAUCUUAGCAAGCAAACAAACAAAAAACAUAUAAUAAAACAAAAGUUGGGGUCAAUUAAUGGUAAGCAUUUAUUUCUCUAUAUAUUUAAUCUCUGUUAGUUUGCAAUUAUUUAUCACGUUUGAUCUAUUAGCAAUUCUACAUAUGUAUUUGAAAUAGAUCUCCACAGUAAGCUCUUGUUGCAUACUUUAUCUUCAUAUAUACGUCAAAUUAUAAGAUUAAAGCUAUGCUUAAGAUCAUUCAUAUUAACAUGUGAACCGCUAGAAUAUGAUUUAUAAUCUUCUAAUUAUAUAUUAACAUGUGAAUGAUGUGAUUCAUAGUCACUUUUGUUAACUA